AUGGCUGCCGCUGUCGUCGGUAGUGCUGUUACCAAGCAGCUCUCGCCCGGAAAUGAUUGCGAGGUGGAGAUGAUCUGUAAUGACCGACAGCAGUCUUCUCACGAGGUUAAUGGGACCCCUGGUGUCAAACGGAAGAGAAAGGCCCUCGACCCUCCGACAACUAAACCCAAUGCGCCGAGACAGAAAAUCACCAGGGCCUGUGACCACUGCAAAGAAAAGAAAACCCGUUGCUCCGGGACACGUCCCUGCAUCAGAUGCACGAGACUAGCCCUCCGCUGCGAAUACAAUGCAGCCUACUCUCGAGGACUACCCCCAGAACCACUACCGGCGUCUACUUCGGGGGCUGAUGAGAAUCAUAGCCCGUCUUCAGCUUUGACCCGUGAUGAGACACCGCGUUCCGCUCGGAGCGAGUCUAGAAUUGACCCCCCUGUGCGGCGACAGCAGCCCAGGGGCGGUCCUGAGCUUUCGCGUCGUAACUCGCCAGAUCCAGUAACCACGGACUUUGAGGGCAACUACUUCGGCCCUGCGUCCGGUGUGUCGUUCCUCAAUCGAGUUUGGCGUCGUCUCCAUCAGGACGAGAUCUGUGCUAUCCCGGACGAACUGCAGAAUGAGUCGGUCUCUAAGAACACCUCAGUCUUCAUGUUCGGCGACAAGCCUUACUCUGACUACCGGGAAACCGGGUUCGUUCUGCCCCCGUACGAAAGGGCCCUCGAACUGGUGGAUACGUAUUUUGACUUCUCCAUGGUGACUUACCGCUUCCUACACAGGGGCAGCGUGGAGGAAUGGCUCAAGCAAAUAUAUCGGAACAAGAUCUCGUCCUCAAACCUUCCGUCUGGUCCCAUGAUUGCUAGAACGGCGAUUAUUCUCAUGAUUUUUGCGGUUACCACUCUAUAUGAAGAGAAACGGCCUAGAAACGAGAUAGACACUUGGAAUGGGAGUGAGCGAUGGUACUCUGCAUCAAAAUAUAUGACCUCUAUGGAGUCUGGGCCGCCGCGGCUGGAGACGGUUCAAGCAAGAUUGGGCCAAUGCCUAUUCCUUCUCGCCUCGUCUCGGGCUAAUGAGUGCUGGUAUGCCUUCGGCACAGCGCUGCAACUGGUGGCCGCACUGGGUCUUCAUCGAAAAUGUCCUGCCAAAAUGUCGAAGAACGGGAAUAAUUAUCUAGAACGUGAGCUCCGUAAGCGCAUUUUCUGGAGUGCCUAUACACUGGAUAAAUACUUAAGUGUUAUGUUUGGGAGACCUCGACUUCUCCACGACGAGGAGAAUGACCAGGAACUCCCGGAUGAAAUGAACGAUGAUGAUAUGGUCCAGGACGAUCCCGAGAGACGAACUGGUUCUCCAGACUGUAUGAUGAUUGCGUCAGUUCUGCAUUUCAAACUCGGGCGCAUAGUGGGUGAGAUAUCGCGUCAAAUUUACACUAUCAGCCCACAAUCUCGAGAUCAAUCUCUAGAAUCAGCUGCGUCUCUCACCUCGGAGCUUGAGAAAUGGAAAGAAACUGCACCGCCCUUAUUCAACAGUGUGCGUGCGACUAGUCUCAUCCCACCACUCUGCAGGCAGAGUCAGGUCUUACAACUUGCAUAUUCACAUGCAAUAAUCCACACGACGAGGUCAUUUCUUCUGAAUGAUUUCACCGAUCUUAGUCGAAGGCCACCGGUUCCACACCCCACCGUGGCAGGCUACGUACGCAAAUGUAUUGACGCUGCUGAAGACAUAAUCAAGUUGGUGGAUAGCCUUGCCAAGCAAGACGUCCUCAUCCAGUCAUUCUGGUUCACUCACUACGUGUGCUUCUGUGCCAUUAUUGUGGUCUAUAUAUACACAAUUCAGCAAUACCAACUGUUCUCGUUAGAAACUCCAGACCACCAGGUUGAGAAUCUCAAACGAAUACGUUCACUUUUCAACCUGGCUGAAGUAUGCCAGCAACAUCUAGCCGAAGCUACUCGCAAGAACUGCCCGAGUCGCCGUUACAGUAUCAUCCUGGAGGAAUUGAGGUUGGAAGUGCACCGGCAAAUUAGAUCUUUCUUGAACCAGGAGCCACCAGGAAAUACUUCGGUUCCAUUGAGUACCAAGGAGGCGCCCUUGGAACAAAGAAGUACUGAUGUUGCAGUUCCUGCGCAUCAGAACUCAUUGGAUGCCAAUUCUUUCAACUACCUCGACCUGCAAACACCAGAAAUGGCAGGGCAACUUUACUCCUGCGAAGACCUAGGGUUACUGGACAAUCUUGAAGGGUCAAUUUGGUGGACCCAACUGGAUUCGUGGGCAUUUUCAAAUCUACCUACUGACCCUACAGGCAUUAACUUUUAG